AUGAACGCCGAGCUAAGGACUAAAUACCCCGAGACUGUAAGGGGUGCUGAGAAUGAGAGAAGUCCGUUAAGCGUAUCGAUUCAAGCAAGUCCGACUAGGUUAGGCGCCGCCUUCCAGACUUAUGAGAAACCGCCGGGUGGUAUGAACUCCAGAGCCCUAUUCUGGUUACAGAGUGCGGGUAGCCGACAAGUAGGAGCUGAACCCAUUCAUUGCUGCUUCCUUGGUUGCUGCACCUGCUUCUGCUCUUGGGUUGGUAACGAAAACUGCUUGGCACGUCUCAGACCAGGGCCACUUGUGGUCCCUUUUCAACAAAUCUGGACCUUCCUCGACAAGACUUCAAAUGCUAAGGUGGUCACCUGGGGAGUUGAGAUGAAAAAAAUGAAUUACUUGAGUUUCGGUCCCUCUUGA